CAAGCGCUCAAGUUACUAAGUUGUUGUGCUUUGUGGCAGUUCGUCUCACGAAAAGAAACGAAAAUGUCGACGCACUUUAGCGCAAAUCAGGUAAUUUGAAAUCGAUUGUAUUUUUCUUCAAGUAGAGAAGAGAUUCGUGGUAUUAAAAGAUGCUUCAGUCUUGUCAUUUACCCCAAAAACGGCGCCGGUCGAUGUGCGAAUCCCGAGCUGCACAGAAUAACAAUCGUAGAUCGAUGUCUAGAAACAUACAACUGUUACAUUUGGUAAGUCUUAAGUGAAAUAGUUAACACUUUGUUUUGUGUUUCAUUUAAUCCCGUAGUACGAACAAGAAUUCGCUGCUCGGAGGUUGCAGAAUUGGGAAAUUCCAAAGAGGUUCAAAGAGGUAAGAUGAACGAUAUACUUGAUGAAUUAUUAGCCGGGUUAGCCUGAGAAACAUGUCAUUGUUUUCUUGGGAAGUUUUACCAUCCCUUCGCUGAGUCAGAGACAUAAGCAUGUUGCGGGGAGAAAUCUUCCUAGAGGAUUCUAAGCUGUAACUCUCUUGAUGAACCAUUCCUCAGGUUGAGGACUAUGAAAUGUAAAUAAGAGACAUUGUUACUCAGCUGCUGUGCUGCAAUAAAUCUUUAACCAAACAGCUAUUACCGAUAAACAGAAUGCACACGAAUCAGAUUUUUUUUCAUUGUCUCGUUUUCUGUUAAUUUCCUUAUUUUUUCCUAUCUUUUGUUUUCUGGUUUCUUUGUUGUUCUUGUUUUUGUGGUGUCUCUUUGGUUUUCAUUUCCUCAGCAGCAAAAGAUGGGUUGUAUGGGGAGCCUAGGUACCAACCCUUCCUGGAAUCUGAUGCAACUCAGAAAUGAAUCAGUAGAGUUUGAUUACUAACACUUCCACUUUAAAAUUCUCUUUCUUCAUACUAGCGUCCAUCAACUCUUGAAGGCUUCACUCAGCCAAUUAGCAACGACCAAGGACACAUUUUGCCAGGGAUCCCACGCUCUACAAAGAGUCCUUGGGGUGAAUUUGUAGGGACAUGGGAUAUGAAAAAACCUCCUCUCAGAACAAAGACUAUAAAGACAAAUGCAAUGUCCACAAGCUUGCAAAAGAAUACAGAGCCUCUUGUAUGCACUCCAAGCCCUAAAGAAGAAGUCACUGCAGACAAAGCAAGGACUCCAACACCUCAGCAAGAAGAAGUACAGACACCAAGCCCGCAAGAAGGGAAAGCAAGCCCACGUCCACCAAGCCAGAGUAGUCAAUGUAUAAAGUCACCCAGCCCUGUGGUGGCAAAAACCCCUGAACCAGCUCCUCCAUCUCCUGUUAAGAGCCCUGCCCAAGAAAAUAAUUCACCCAAGAAUACAGUUAUGUUUUCUGACCCAGCUUAAUGUCUGUCUAGCACCUUGUACUCUGCAAGUUAUCCAUUCUCUAAGCAAUUGCAAAAAAUAAAUAUACCAAUUUGUGAGACCUUACCUGACAUUGACCAAGUGAAGGUAAAGAUGUUCUUGCAACAUUAAAUAAAUUUAUGUAUUAUCCCAAGAAUUUUACAGGAACAAAAUUAAGCAUGCCCACCUAAUAUUACCCCUAUAACCUACUCCUAUUUUCUGCAACUAUUGAAGACUACCGCUUAAGGCAAUUAGUAGCUCAUUAACUCCCACAAAAAUUCCUCUUACUAUCUAGGGCAUGGUCAGGGUGUCUUGAGGUGCCUAUGAACCCCCCUGAAGAGGCAAGGACCCAUUUCAAUCAAACAUGAAGGCAUAUAGGCCCCAGGCCUUAGUUUUUCAAAGGGUGGAUAACGCUAUCCACUGGAUAAAUUGCUAUCUAGUGGAUAGCACAGUACGUUUUGCUAACAGUUUUCUGCUGGAUAGUGAUUUAUCCAUUGGAUAGCAUUACUGCCCUUUGACAACUAGCCUCUGGUGGACAAAUGGUCAGGAUUUUGGGACAUAGGUGCUUCUGUACAUUAUGCCUCCCCCUUGUCAGCAGAUUGGCAGGAGCAAUGAGCCAGGAAAGGAGGCUGGAUAGGUAGUUACAAGCUACCUGUUGUCAGAAAAAAAUAUCUGAAAGAAUUAAGGGCAUGUAAAAACCAAUCGUGCCAACCAUGCUUGUGCAAAAACUGACUAAAAAAAGUUUUCAGAAGAGCAACUCAACAAAGUAAAGUUUCCUGUACUGUUGAAAUAGUCAGAGUUACUAAUUUUCAGAAAAUCAAACCAACAAUCCAAUUUCUGGUUUGCUGCAACCUCCAUCAUGGAGUUGAUAACUCAGACAUCUUACAGUGAAUCAGGAUUUCCCAAAGGAAGAAUCACCUUUUUUGUGGCAGUUCUUGCUCUCUGAAUGUCAUGGAAAAUUUGGCUUCAAAGUGUUUUAAUCCAAAACAUUGUUGAUGAAAUCACUACGUAUAGUUUGGCUAUUAUAGUUUACCUUUUUUAUUAAUAUGGAAAUUAUUACUGUUAACAGUGGUUUGAGAGCUAAUUAAACAAGGAGUUAAACUCACCUGGGG